AUGGCUGACUCCGAACCGAGAAACCCCAAACAUGGCAUCACCGGUCCGAUGUCCAUGGCCCUCCCCGAACCCUUAGAUAAUGAGAAGACUGCCGAAUUAGUUGAAGAGUUGAAGAGGGAAAACAACUACGAACCGCAAGACCAGACGCAGAAGCGGAUUGAGGUUCUCAAACUGCUGAACAACGCCACCCAGGAGUUUGUCCGUGAGGUCAGUCGAAAGCAGGGACUGCCUCCGUCGCAGAUCAACCAGUUCGGCGGAAAGGUCUAUCCUUACGGCAGUUAUCGCCUCGGCGUCUAUGGACCUGGCUCUGAUAUCGACACUCUCGCCGUAGCCCCGAGGCACGUGAAGCGCGAAGAUUUCUUCGAUUUCUUUCCUGCAAUUUUGAAGCAGAAGAAAAGGGCACCCAGCACCAUUUCCUCGCUUGUUCCGGUCCCCGAUUCCUUCGUCCCCAUCAUCAAACUCGUGGUCAAUGACAUUGAGAUCGAUCUCAUCUUCGCCUCAAUUGCAACCCUGCAGACAAUUCCUCCCAAACUCAGUCUGAACGACAACAGUCUCUUGAUUGGAUUGGAUCAGGCGUCUAUACGUGCAGUUACCGGCCCACGUGUUACCGAUGAGAUCCUUAGCCUCGUUCCCGUCGAGAAGACCUUCCGGACAGCGCUGCGGGCGAUCAAAUUGUGGGCGCAGAGAAGAGCUAUAUAUGCCAAUAUUGUUGGCUAUCCUGGUGGUGUCGCUUGGGCCAUGCUCGUUGCGCGUGUCUGUCAAUUUUACCCCCAUGCGGUCGGUGCUACAAUUGUGGGGAAAUUCUUCUAUAUCAUGAAAGAGUGGCCUUGGCCUCUGCCGGUGAUGUUGAAGGACAUUGAGCAGCCGAAGAAUCUAGGUCCCAAUCACGGAUUCAAGGUCUGGAACCCAGUGCUCUAUAAAGGAGACGAGAAGAAUAUCAUGCCAAUCAUCACACCUGCCUUCCCAAGCAUGUGCGCGACUUACAACAUUUCCAAGUCGGGCAAGACGGUUAUCCUGCGGGAGCUGGAGAGGGCCGACAAGAUAGCCUCGAAGAUCUUUGCCGGCAAAGCUCGGUGGAGCGAGUUAUUCCAGAAGCACACCUUUUUCACUGCAGACCACAAAUACUACUUGAGCGUGACGGCAAGUGCGUUGAACGGCGAUGCAGCCAAGGCGUGGGCGGGUCUUGUCGAAAGCAAAGUUCGGAUUUUUGUCAUGCAGUUGGAAGGCACAAAAGGUAUUGAACUUGCUCGACCAUUUACCAAGGGUUUCAAGCGCGUGCACAAGUGCCAGGAUGUCGACCAAAUCCGAGAAGUACAGAGAGGAAGCAUGAAAUACAAAGUAGAAGAGACGAAGACCGUCGAGACGACCGAUCCUGAACUGGUGACUGCCAAUGGGGAUGGUGCCGCGGUGCCCUUGUCGGACAAUACCAGUCAGGAGAUGGACAAGGACGCGCACACUGUCCACACCUACACGUUCUACAUCGGGAUCGACACGGUGGCUAAAGGAAGCUUGAAUCUAGUCCAAGCGUUCCAGGCGUUCAAGCAAGUUUGCGAGGGGUGGACCAACUACAAUGCGGAAGUCCAUUUCCUCAAUCUCGCGUCGUCGAAAAGUUGGGAGUUACCUGAAGAUCUCUUCGAUACGAAAGCCGGCGAAGUCCGACCGACCAAACCGGUCAAGAAGGUGAUUAAGAAUCCCAAAGCAGAGGCCAAGCCGGUCCGACGUAGCAUCAACGAGGUCGAGGACGUUGAAAUGGACGGCGAUGCCGUGAAACGACCAAGACUGAUGACAGCUACGCCAACGCCAACCCCCACAGCUGCACCCGCGUGA